UGGAUCUCAGUCCGCCGGAUACCCGUACCUAGAGUCUUACUUUUCUUCAAUGGCCAGUCUAGUGCAGAUGGGUUCACCUCUUAUUUACAGUAAAGCCCUUGCGAAGACUACCCAACGUCCUCAGCCAUUCACAUGCACCAUAGUAGCUAAAACGACACCGGGUAGUGAGUCUCCAUCUGAUCCUCGUCGUUCCGCAAACUAUCGGCCUUCUCUUUGGGACCAUCACCAUCUCCUCUCGGUCAAGAAUACAUAUACGAAUAUUAAAAGUGUGCGAGAGAGAGAUUUGUUGAAAGAAACUGUGAGAAAGAUGCUCGAUCAUGAGAGGAGUACUCAUGUCGACCAAUUGAAGCUUAUUGACGAUCUACAAAAACUAGGGGUUUCAUACCAUUUUGAACAGGAAAUCGACAAUAUGUUGACAUUUACUUAUCACAAAUUAGAUAAAAGUAACUUCAUGGAAUACGAUCUACAUGCUAAUGCACUCAAAUUCCGACUGCUUAGACAACAUGGUUUCAAUGUUUCAGAAGAUGUAUUUGAUGUUUUCCAUGAAGACUGUGGUAAGUUUGAGAGCGGUGAAAUAAAUGGUUUCAUAUCUCUGUACGAGGCAUCAUAUCUUUCAACAAAAUCGGAUACUAAGCUGCAAAACUACAUCAGAUUUUUUGCAACACAACAACUCAGAGACUUUGUUGAUACUCAUAGUAAUAAAAAUUGUGAAUCCUUUGGCGUUGGAGAGAUGGUGGCUCAAGCGUUAGAUAUGCCCUACCAUUGGCGAAUGAGAAGGCUAGCCACGAGAUCGUACAUAAAUUUGUAUGGAAUGAAACCAAACAAGAACCCUGUCUUAGUUGAAUUGGCCAAGCUCGAUUUCAAUAUCGUACAAGCUGUUUAUCAAGAAGAGCUCAAAUACGUUUCCAGCUGGUGGAGGGAGACAGGUUUAGCUAAUCAACUUCAUUUUUCAAGAGAUAGAAUAGUGGAAAAUUAUUUUUGGACUAUUGGACAAAUCCAAGAGCCUCAAUUUGGUUACGUUAGACGAAUAAUGGCCAAGUUAUAUACACUUCUCACAACUAUCGACGACAUCUACGAUAUUUAUGGUACUCUUGAAGAACUUCAACUCUUCACUGCCGCCUUUGCAAGUUGGGAUGUAAAUCGUCUCGAUGAACUCCCCGAGUAUAUGAGGUUGUGUUUUCUUGUAGUGUACAAUGAAGUCAAUAGCAUUGGAUGUGAUAUCCUCAGAAAUAAAAACAUCAACGUGAUUCCUUUCCUUAGAAAGUCUUGGGCAGAUGUAAGCAAUGCAUUUUUAGUAGAAGCAAUAUGGUACAAAAGAGGGCACAAACCAAAUACGGAAGAGUACAUGCAAAAUGCUUGGAAAUCAAUCGGGGUCCCAACAAUAUGUGUUCACUUCUACUGUGUAUUCUCUGACCAACUCUCUGUUCAAGUCUUGGAGACUUUGUCCGAGCACUUACAGGACGUUGUCCGAUGCUCUGCCUUUGUGGUCCGUCUAGCCAACGACCUUGUAACUUCUCAGGAGGAAUUGGAGAGAGGAGAUGUCCUCAAAUCGAUCCAGUGUUACAUGAACGAGACAGGAGCUUCCCAAGAGAAAGCAUGUGUGCACGUGCGGCAGAUAAUCAACGACAUGUGGGACGAAAUGAAUUACGAGAAAACGAAAUGUCGGUCUUUGCUAAUCCCUCAAGAUUUUGUGGAAUCAGUCAUGAACUUGGCACGCAUGUCGCAAUGCAUGUAUCAAUAUGGAGAUGGACAUGGCUCUCCCGAGAAAGCCAAAAUCGUUGAUAGUGUCAUGUCCUUACUCUUUAACCCCAUUAUCCUAGAUUGACUUGCAUUAAAUAUAUCGGUACUUUGGGCCAUUUAGCCCAUUAAUUUAU